AAACAUGGUAAUAAUAAUAAUCCUGAGAGUGAAAGGAGUCUCCUUUUUGUCUCUAUCUGUCUCCAAAUUUGAGUUUUUAUCGAGAGUAACACACACGUCUCCUCCCUUUACUUCGGCGAUUUGCUACCUCCCCUCUCUCUCUCUCUCCUUCCUCACUCUCCGGCUUUAUCAAAUUCUCUUUCCUCGGAGACACCGGAUCCGAUCGACCAGACUCUUAAACUUAUAACCCAUCAUGAGGAUUCUUCUGCAGUUUCUCCAUCUUUAAACUGAUUCACAGCUCUCUCCAGCUUUACGCAGUUUGGCCACCAAGUGUUCGUUGAAAUUCCUCAGAGAGAGAGAGAGAUGAAGGAUUUUCCUUCUUGCUUCGGUGAAAACGGCGUUCAAGUCGCGGACUCGUCGUCUUCAAACUCCGGCAAAAACGCUCAGAAUCUCGUCGCUUGCAUCUACCAGUGCCGUAUCCGAGGAAGGAGCUGCUUGAUCACUGUGACAUGGGCCAAGAGUCUGAUGGGCCAGAGCGUUACCGUUGGUGUUGAUGACUCUUGUAACAACCAGAGUCUCUGUAAAGUCGAGAUUAAGCCCUGGCUGUUCACCAAACGCAAAGGGUCCAAAAGCUUAGAGGCGUAUUCUUGUAAGAUCGAUGUUUUUUGGGAUCUAUCGUCAGCGAAGUUCGGAUCAGGGCCUGAAGCUUUGGGAGGGUUCUAUGUAAGUGUUGUUGUGGACAAAGAGAUGGUUCUGCUUCUUGGCGAUAUGAGAAAAGAAGCUUUCAAGAAGACAAACGCCUCGCCUUCGUCGUCUCUAGGUGCGGUGUUCGUCGCCAAGAAAGAGCAUGUCUUUGGUAAGAGAGCGUUUGCCACAAAAGCUCAGCUUUGCGCUGAUGGGAAAAUCCAUGAUGUUGUGAUUGAGUGUGACACGAGUGUGACUGAUCCUUGUCUCGUUGUUCGCGUGGAUGGGAAGACGUUGUUGCAGGUGAAGCGGCUUAAGUGGAAGUUUCGUGGCAACGAUACGAUAGUUGUGAAUAGAAUGGCUGUGGAGGUUCUGUGGGAUGUUCAUAGUUGGCUCUUUGGGAUGCCUUCGGCGGGAAACGCAGUGUUUAUGUUCAGGACUUGUCAAUCUUAUUCGGAGAAGAGCUUGUCUUUCUCACAGGAUGUCAUGGCAACAACAACAAACUCCAAGUCUCAAAGUUUUGGUUUUUCUUUGAUUCUGUAUGCUUGGAAGAACGAGUAGAGAAAGAGAGUUUUUUACUGGGUACUAACAAAAAAACCUUUAAAGCGUCUGUUGAUUCCUUAUCGACAUUUGUUAUUUAUAGCAUGAUUAAUGAGUUGAUUUGUGCAAAAUAUAAUAUUCAUUACACAA